UUCGUAUCAUAGUUUACCGGUCUACACAUAUAGGUGUCAUAUUUGACAUUCGUAGCCCUAUUGUUAAAAAAGACCAAACUUGCAUAUUAUUCAAGCAAACGAAAGAACUUGAAAUCCCAGAAUACAUUGCGAAUCUCAAUCGAAGAGCUGACUGCUCCGCAACGCGGAAAGUUUCUGUGAAGAGGAAAAAGUACUGUAUGCACUCCGAAUACCGGUGGAAUAAGUAUGGAUUAUCAACAACAAAAAGAAAGAUUGUUUAGAUAUAAGAACACGUCGGCAGUGGCCGAUUAGCCGAGAAAUUUGGAGCCUCUACACAAGAAGCAGGAGAAAGUUUGACAGACGAGUAAAAUCUGGAGAAUGGAGCGUAAAACAUGGACAAGACUCCGACCAAGAUCACUAACUCUGCAAUUCAGAGACUCGACUUACAAAGCCUUAACUUUGUUGCGGAGAAAAGCCAAUCAGCGACACCUUGAAGAACUUGAAGCUAAAGAAGCGUGUAACUGGCUACGGGCGGCUGGCUUUCCACAAUAUGCACAGCUUUACGAAGAUGCUCUGUUUCCUAUUGAUAUACCCUCUGUGAAAAAAGACCAUGACUUUCUGGACAGGGACUCACUGAAAUCACUUUGCAGGAGGCUGACUACUCUUAACAAGUGUGCCUCGAUGAAGCUAGAAGUUCAUUUUCAGCGCAAACAGAGUGAAGAUUCAGAGGAAGAUGACCUCUGCGCCAUCAGUGACCGGUGGGCGUUCCAGCGGGACAGCAAGCGAUGGUCCAGACUUCGCACCCUCGCCCCACCCUACACGGACGGCCUCUCGUCCUCUGUGCGGACCUCAGCCAGCAGCGAGAGUGUCCUGAGUGACUUCAGCGACCUGGAGGUCUCCUCCGUCCGCAGCGGCAGCAGUCUGAGCGCGGGCAGCACCGGGGGCCCCUCGUCCAGCGAUGCCACAGUGGCCGAGCCCGAUGCCCCCUCCGGGCCCCUCGACGCCCUCGCCCCGAGCGGGGAAGAGGCCCCCGGGGCCCGGCCCUGCCUCCGAAAAAAGGUCAAGAGGACCUCCAGGGGCUUCCUCAGGCGGAUGGAAUCGUUCCGGCGAAAGGACAAAGAGAAAGAAGCGCCCGAUGCAGGGGAGGAUGCUGGCGGACUGUCGCAGCCGCAGGCCAGCUUACACUGCACGCUAAAUGAGAGUCUCCCUGGCCUGAAAGAGAGCGACUUGUUUUUCAGCAGGAGGGCCCAUACCAUUUGCCGGACUAGAGCGGGCCGUUCCGACGACGGAGGGUUAGGAAGAACAAAACGCAACGCCCGCUACUUGGAGGAUUACGAUAUAGGCGCAAGAAUGACUGGCUGGAGUGAGCAGGUCGCCGGACUCGCGAGCGGGCAAGAGAGCUGCCUCGUCCACCUCCCGGCGGAUCACAAACCUGGCACGUUCCCGAGGGCUCUCUCCAUCGAGAGCAUGCGUCCCCCUGCCGUCGACAACCUGAGAAGGUGGAGGGCGGGCGAGCUGGAUCUCUCAGUGGCCAGCAGCGGCGACUCCCAGUUCGAAGGGUUCCGCCAGAGGAGGAACUCAAGUAGCUCGGUGGGGAGUGUUUACGACAACGUGCCGGGGACCUACGACAGCUCGGAGGAGCUCUUCGGCCCGGAGGGGGAGAAGGUCUUCCGGCACCUGAACGACGUCCUCCAGCACGUCAACGACGUUCAGCAGAACGUUGACCUGUGGUCGAAGAGAGUCUGUCUGGAGCUGGGGGACGGGGACAAUGAGGAAGACUCCGAAGAAAAGGGCAAAACGUCCUAUCCCGCCGGCCUUCGUUUCGAGGAGCAGUCCGUGUCUGACCUCGGCACGGCGGUGAGCGACUACGACAGCAUGGGGAACUCGCUGAACGAGGCGGAGGAGAUGGAAAUGAGGGAGAGACGAGACUCUGGAGUAGGCGCCUCCCUAACCAGGCCCAGCAGAAAACUGAGGUGGCACAGCUUCCAGAACUCACACAGGCCUAGCUUGACCUCCGCAUCGCUGGAAAUAAACAGGCAGUCGGCCGCUCAGCUCAAUCUGCUGCAGAAAUUCUCCCUGUUAAGACUAACGGCCAUCAUGGAAAAGUACUGCAUAUCCAGCAAGCAUGGUUGGAGCUGGACGGUGCCCAAGUUCAUGAAGCGGAGCAAGGUCCCCGAUUACCGGGACCGGAACGUCUUCAGCGUCCCGCCGAUCAUCAAUGUGCAGAGGAGCGGACAGCCACUGCCCCAGAGCAUUCAGCAGGCCAUGCGAUACAUUCGCAGCCAGUGCCUCGACCAGGUUGGUAUAUUCCGUAAGUCUGGGGUGAAGUCCAGGAUCCAGGCUCUGAGACAGCUGAACGAGAACUCCCCGGAUCACGUGAGCUAUGAUGGCCAGUCUGCGUACGAUGUGGCUGACAUGCUGAAGCAGUACUUCAGGGACCUCCCCGAACCGGUCUUCACCAGCAAGCUCACGGACACCUUUCUGCAGAUUUACCAGUGUGUCCCUAAGGACCAGUGUCUGCAGGCGGCUCAGGCCGCUGUCAUCCUGCUCCCGGAUGAGAACCGUGAGGUGCUGCAGACCCUGCUGUACUUCCUCAGUGACAUCGCCUCUGCCCAGGGCAACCAGAUGACCGCCGGAAACCUGGCCGUGUGCCUCGCCCCCUCCGUCUUCCACCUCAACGUCUCCAAGAAGGAGGGCACCUCUCCCAGAUUAAUCCCUAGACGGGGAGCUGCAGGUAAACCAGACCAGAAGGAUCUGAAUGAGAACAUGGCUGCCACACAGGGCCUCAGUCACAUGAUUGUGGAAUGCAAGAAGCUUUUCCAGAUCCCCCACGAUAUGAUGCUGCAGUCCAGGAACUCCUACAUCGCUGCAGAUGCUCAGCCGCUUCCCCUCCACGGCCUGGGCUGCAGUCUGAAAGGGGAACCGGUGGACUACCAGGCCCACCUGGAGGAGAGCGUCCAGUGCCUGUUACGAGACUCCACGGAGCGAAGCAAGGGGUGGCAUGGUGCCCCAGGGCCAGAGAACACCGAGCUAUCUUACAAGAAGGUAGGAGAUGGACAUCCCAUUCGCCUGUGGAAGGUCUCCACGGAGAUAGAAGCCCCUCCCGCCGCCGUGCUUCACCGAAUACUACGAGAGCGCCACCUAUGGGACGACGACCUGCUGCACAGCCGGGUCAUCGAGUCUCUGGAGAGUGACACGGAAGUGUAUCAAUUUGUGACGGACAGCAUGGCGCCACACCCCCGGAGGGAUUUCGUCGUGUUGAGGAGGUGGGACAGUAAGCUGCCACGCGGGGGCGCGCUCCUGGUGUCCUCCUCCGUGGAACACGACAAGGUGUUCCUGCAGGCGGGGCUGAGGGCAGUGCUCCUCACAUCCCGCUGUCUGAUUGAGCCGUGUGGCGCGGGGAGGUCGUGUCUGACCCACUACUGCAGAGCUGACCUCCGAGGCCGUUCUCCUGAGUGGUACAACAAAGUGUUCGGUCAUCUCUGCGCUGUGGAGGUUGCUAGGAUACGAGAUUCCUUCCCGGUCUUGGCAGCUCAGGGACUUCAGACAAAACUGUGAAACCAGGGUGGGAGGGGGGGCUGUUUCUCACAAAGCUUCAAAUGGGACCUCAGGUGAGAUUGCUAUGAUUCCCUGGAAUUAUUGGCUCCUGAAACCAUCAAAAGGGCAAUUUUGAGUUGUGUUUAUUCUCCUCAGGGAAGUAUAACAAUGUCCUGUUAGCAAUGAAAUCUACCCAUGAGUGAAAUCUACACAUCCAGUAUUAAAGUAAGGACAUUUGUGAAAUGUUACAUUGGCCAAAAUGGAGGAGAACAAGAUUAUCCACUGAUUUUAAUGCUGGAAGUUUGAAAAUAACUCCCUCGUCCCCAACACAUAAAUUUUAAAGAAUUAAAUCACCCCAAGUGAAUAGAAGUAGCAGCUACAGUGGUGUGCAAACAUUUGGGCACCCCUGGUCAAGAAGGAUUUUACAAUUAAUAACUUAGUGAACAGAAGUGGCAACCUGACCUCUACAUGGUACAACAUGAAACAUGAUACAUUUCUUCACAUUUUAACGCAAGAUGAAUUUUUAUUAAAAAAUGUAACACUUAAUAAUAAUAAAAAGGCCCUGUGCAAAGGUUUGGGAAUCUUGUCAGUUAGUACUUUGUAACCCCUUCUCUGGCAACAAUAACAGCUUCCUGUAGCCAGCUAAGAGUCUUUCAGUCCUCGCUUUUGGAAUUUUUCCCCAUUCUUCCUGGCAGAACACCUCUAGCUCAUAAAUAUUCUUUGGCCCUCUUGCAUGUAUGGCAAGUUUGAGAUCUCUCCACAGAUUUUUAUAAUAUUCAAGUCUGCAGUGAAAGGUGCUGUCUGCAGAUUCGUCUUGGGCCAUUCUAUCUGAAAUGCUUCUUGCCUUGACUUCAACUGUUCCAUUUAUCUUCUAUUUUGUUAUGUUUCUGAUAGUGGAAAUAGGUAGUUUGAAACAUUCAGAGUUUUUUUUGUAGCCUUCUCCUUCUUGGUGGAAAUUAACCAUCUUCAUUCUGAAAUCCUUGGACAACUGUUUAGAGGAACACCAGACAGAACAGCCAAUGCAGUUGGAUACUUGAGAAGGCAUGGAGUUAGUUCAGAAUAAGAAGUUCAGCCCUGGAAUUAUACUCACUGAAGCCCUGAAGUAAAUCACCUGGGUCUGAACCUUAGUAAUCAUCUUUUUGAAAAGUAACAAAGAAUAAUUCAAAAGGACACCCAAACGUUUGCACAGGCCCCUUUUUUUGUCAAAAAUAAAAAUCUAAAAAUGUGCAGAAAAGUCUCAUGUUUAACUCCAUUUAGAGUUCAGGUUUUCUUUCACUCACAUAUAGAUUAAUUGUAAGACAUUAAAACCAGGGGUGUCCAAAGUUUUGCACCCCACUGUAUAUUUGAGGAUUUAAAAGCCAUAUCUCCCAUUUUAAUACAGUGGCACUAUUAUAUCCUGAAAAUGUGUUUACAGACUGCAAAGAAAUGUAAUUAUUAUAAAUAAACCAAUUUCAGAUUAACAGGAAUGCCAUUUUUUUGCAUAACAUACCUCUUCUGUGCUGCUAUAUAUUGUAAUAAUGAUGUCUAGAAAUGUACAUAGUGGGCUCCAGAAUUAUUGCCACGUUUAAGAAAAAUGGAGAAUAAAGGCUGCAUAUAAUAAGCAACAUUAAUAAUGAUCUAAAUUUCAAGUUCAAAUAUACAGGAAAACGAUAUACUUUUAUUUCAACACAUUUACUCUCAUGUUUCAAUGUUUUUUUUUAUUCAGUAAACCACAGGAAAUUAUUGGCACACCAAACAAGGUUAAAUUGCCAAUACUUUCAUUCUGUUCAUUUCAGUCUAUAGGAACUAUUUUGUGUCAUUCCAUCACUUCCUGUUUUACUAGAGUAUAAAAAUGAGGUAACAAGCAUGUGAAAUCCCUUUGUCAACUGUCAGCAUGGGAAAAGCCAAAGAACUGUCAAUUCAGAAGACACUGAUGGUAAUUGACCAUCACAAGUUGGGUAAUGGGUACAUAAAUGGUUAAACAUACCACUUAGCACUGUAAGGGCAAAUAAAAACUCUCAUUGUGCGUAUUCAUCAAGGGUGACAAUAAUUGCGGAGUCCACUGUAUGUAGCCACAAAAACAUAACGAGUGGCGAAUAGUGAAUAUCUUGAAUGUUGAUACUAUUUUAACAACUCAGGAGAGGUCUUUAAAUUAGCUACUGUCACCAAUAAUCUUUAUUUGUUUCCUUGCUAGUUGAUCAAAUUGAAAUCUUUUAUUUUAAACUGCACUAUACAAACAAUGAUAAUAUAUUUUUGCAUUGUAAAUAAGAUUGUGUAAUAGUUGGUGCAGGAUUAAGUGGUCCCACAGUUAGAAAAGUCAAUUUAACUGGCAUACCAGUCAUGGAAAGAAGGAAAAGUGAAUUACUUUAGCUUUAUAGUUUUACUUCUUUAACGAUGUGCAAACAGAACCAUAGCUUGUGCUUUACGUUUGCAUGGAUCUCAUAUUAGUACCUAUUUCUCCUUUAACAUGGCAAUAUCUUUCAAUUUCACCCCAGGAACGUCUUUAAAAUGAGGGGGUUUUUUUGUUUGUAUUCUUAAUCUUAAAAAGGAGAUGUGAUGGUUAAUUAUUGUUACAGCCGACAUUGUGAGGUUUCUGAAAGUUUUUUGAGCAUCCAUUACUUUAUUGGGAAUUGUAUUUUGGGUUUUGAGCUUAACCCAAACAUUGAUAAAUCAGAGGGCAAUGGCUGUGGGGAUCAUGAUCCCCAGCAGGAAGAGAUUCAAUUAUAUAAUUCUUUGUAGUUGUAUGUUUUAAUAGCUGGUUGUGUGUGUGGGUGUCCGCAUUUGCGUGCAUGUGUUGUUUUGUACGUAUGCAUUUUAUUUAUAUCUGUGUUUCUGUCAGUCUUUACAUGUGGCCAUAUUGUUCCCUUUAUAGGGUGUUAUGCAUUGCAGUCAUAUUGUAGCAUUAAUUUGUCCACAUCACAAUCCUUGUGUUGUUCUCCUCAGUUCUUUAAUAUGUAAAAUUAGCAAUCAAAAUUAUACUGAAUCCCAUGAAAGUGUGCAUCCAAUACUAAACUGACCAAUAAAGAUGGUGAGGACCUUUAUUCAUGUGUGUUGGUGUUGUGCAUAUAGAAAGAUAUCAUUGAUAUUCAAGAAGACAUUGGGCAAUAGGUUUUUUGUCUAUAUUUGUAUAAACAACCUCGCAUCAUUCGUUUUCUUUUUGCUUUUUUGCUGUCAAAACUCUCUUUGAAUCUUUGAAGCAACAUAAUAAAUCGGUAUCAUAGAAGCAGCCAAAUAAAUGUGUAACUGUGCAACCAAACAAUCAAUUGACAUUCAAAAGGCUGAAUGUAUUACCAUUGUUAUGAAAACUGAAAGAUGACAGAUUGUGGUUUAGCAUUACCUAAUGGGAUCAAUAUCCAACCAAUUUCAGUUUUAAAAAACACCAACUGUUCACAGUGUAGUUCAUACACACUUCCAUCUGUUUAUUUGUACCCUAGCUAUUUAAGUCCUGUAUUAUUUCUCUAUUUAACUACCAUUGUAUAUUUUACUUUUUUGAGAAAAUGAACAAUAAAAUUAUUUGAAAAUU